GUACAACUGUCACUUGAUCAUUUCAACCAGCCACUCCAAGCUGGACACAUACCACAAUCAGUGGUACACCUGUCACUUACUCAUUUCAACCAGCCACUUCAAGUUGGACACAUACCACAAUCAGUGGUACACCUGUCACUUACUCAUUUCAAGCAGCCACUUCAAGUUGGACACAUACCACAAUCAGUGACACAUUUGUCGAUCGGUGGUAAGUUCGAUCAAUCACUUCAAGUUGGAUACAUACCACAAUCAGUGACUCAUUUGUCAAUGGUCUUUUUCUACCAGCCACUUCAAGUUGGACACAUACCACAAUCAGUGACACAUUUGUCAUUUGAUAUAUUCGAUCAACCUCUUCAAGUUGGACAUAUACCACAAUCAGUAACACAAUUAUCAAUGUCCAGCUUCAACCAACCACUCCAAGUUGGACACAUACCCCAAUCCGUGACACGAUUAUCAAUACCCAGUUUCAACCUACCGCUCCAAGUUGGACACAUACCACAAUCAGUGACACAUAUGUCAUUUGGUAAAUUCGAUCAACCACUUCAAGUAGGACAUAUUCCACCAUCAGUUAUACAGUUGUCAAUGCGACGCUUCAAUCAACCAAUUCAGGUCGGACAUAUUCCACUGUCAGUGAUGCAUUUGGAAUUGACACUCUUCAACCACCCUCUCCAAGUUGGACACAUCCCAAAAUAUGUGACAAGUUUAACUUUUGGCAGAGAGUUCAAUCAACUUCUCAAAACAGAGCACAUUCAAUCAGUUAGAUCACUGUCAAUUCAAUGCCCGCAAUUCUCUCCCGAGAAUAUCAGUUUGCUUGGACACAACUGUCUCAAUGAGCUUAGUAUUGUCCAUGUAGCUACAAAAGACAAUUGUAAAUCUGUUGGGACAUCCUCACUUUUACACCAGGAGACUAUUUCUCAUCUUUCAAAGAUGAAUACUCUUUUGCACUUAAUCAUCAAGAUUAAGCCGAGAAAGUGUCUCAAAGGAAUAGAUGGUGGGAUGCCAUUCUCUACUUUGUAUUCAUUGCUCAAGUUUAUUCCAACAAUCACUCUACAAUUCUGCUUUCAGUCUAGUGAUGCCAUUGACUUUGAAAUCAUUUGGAGACUGGUCGACGACAAAACAGCACUACUAGUCCCUAUAUCGGACGCGGAUGAUAAUGGAGUUGUACUAUUUUGGAAGUUUGCAACACACAAGCCUGGGGCGGUCACCACAUUCAAGAAUUCAACUGCGUCACAAGCCGAGCCCAACCUGGUGCUCGCCGAUCCGGGUGAGUCA